AUAUUCUUCAUGAGGAACAGAAGAAACUUGAAGAAAGAGUGCUUACUACGGAGAGUGCCUUGACAAAAACGAAGAAGGAGCUAUUAGAGACGAAAAAAGAGGUAGCCAUUCUCUAAUUGUUUGGCGUAGUUGGUAGAAGUACAAAGCACGUUAGUCAUAAAAGUCCAAGGACUCAAACCCCGUGACUAGACAAUCGGGUUCUUUUUUUCCGGCUUACAAUUCUACGGUUUUUUCAACUAUUGAUAUGUACCAGUUUGUGUAACAUUAGUAAAACCAGCGUCUCGUUGCCGGUCAGAGCAAGCUUGUGUAUCCUAACCGGUGGUGUUUUAGAUCUGAGUACGAAACUUGAAUAUUUAAAAUCUUUGCAGGUGCUUGACAAAGAGCUGGCCGAGAUUCAGUUAUCUGAGGAACUAAAGUCCAUGACUCUUCAAGCAGAGGAGUAUAAGGUAUUAGGCUAAUUAAAGCGGACACCCUUGUGAACACAUUAGCUCUUAAUUACUCGGCAAAUAUAUCUCCAAAGCAGCCAUCAGAAAUUUAUCUUUUAAUGUGUGCCCAGCUUUAACCUUUUCUUCGCUACUGGGCAGUCUCAACUCACACAAUUAUAACUUCACUGACAGUGGACAAGUGGCUAUCAAGGUAGAGAAUAUAUAUAUUUUUUAAUAUUGUGGCAGGUCAGUACUUGCUUAGUCCCCUUAAUGAAAUCCGCGAGAAAGCUUAACGUAAGUCUUGCUGUAGGGAAGAAGUGGCUUUAAAUAUCCGGGGCCAUGGCUGCGGCAAAGAUUUUAUUUACUUUAAUCAAUUAGCUAUGACAAACGUCCUUAGAUGAAAUUCAGUCUUCUGUUAUACGUGUUGAACAUCACCCUCAUUUAACGCUUCAACCUUUGAAGAGGAAUUGCUCUGAUGGUUAUCCUUUCAACCAUAGCGUCUUUUUGUGGCGGAGAGAAACAAGAACAUAUGCGGCUUAGAAAGACUGGAGGCACUGAUUUCAAACGCGGAUGCUGAAAUGCACAACGAGGACAUGCCCAACCGGUUUGAAAGUUUUAAGGUAAAUCUUUAAUUGUUGAUUACUUUCUCUUCUUUAACUGUCUGUCAAACUAACGCUCUAGUAAUCUACAGUAGCCACUUAUUCAGGCGGCCACUGUCACUUACCUUUUUUUCGUCAGGCUGUCGGAUUUAAUUUUUAUCCCGGUAUAACGUGACGAAUGGGUAAGAGUAAGGUUACUAAGAAUGAAUCCAACCUGCUGUGGGAGCACUAAUAAGCAGGCUGCAAAACUUCAGUCAGUGGUUUCUGUCUAGACUUUCUAUUGAAACCACUUUUUAACAUUUAAUGCAUGUAGGUGUUGUAAGCGUGAUCGAGUUCAGAGUUUAGUGAAGCGUGAACAAGCAUCAGUUGUAGAUCAGUGAUCCCUCUGCCGUUUAUUUAGAGACGAAAGUACGCUUCCAGUUUCAUUUUCAUUCCUACUAAGCUUAUGCCCCCUAGCCCCUAAAUCAAGGCUUUGCUCUGAUAGGAACUUUAUUCUCUCAUAUAAAUGUUUUCUCUUUGGACAUGAAAUUCUAGGAAUUAAUCAGCGUGAUACAAGAGGGUUUUCAGGCUCAAAUAAAGAUGAUUCUUGAUAAGCUUUCCGACGCCGAAGAUAUGCUUUACCGUUCAUCGCCUUACACAGAAGGGAAAGUACAACAGACGAAGAUCAACAAAGAAACACCCUCAAAUGGUUCAAUGUUCGAGUUAGCAAAUCUGAGUGACAAAGUCAAGGAAGAAGUUGAUGAGGAACCAAGGGUAAAAGCAGCCAACCCUCGUCCUGAGAAAAUCCAAGCUGUAACGGAUAGCUCGGAAGCGUGCAAAUACGAGCAAUUUAGUUGCAACUCUACAAACGGUGAGGAUUCCGUGGAGUCUGAACCAACUCCAGUUGUUCAGUUUCAACAAACACAGCAAUCAUUUGUACAAGCUCAGGCGAAUUUCAAACAUGCCCAUCCAAAUGAUACGAUUGAUGGGCAUCCAUUUAUGAGCAAAAGUCCUAUAAAGGGAGCAACGAAACAAGACCAAGAUUGCAUUUUGAUCUAUGAAAGGCGUACCCCAAUAGUAGACCGAGAAAUAGCGAGUCGACUUUUCCUUCCACCAAAUUUCUACAAUUAUACCAAACGUGAGCCUUGCACUGGGUGUAUUGGUUGUCGUGGUAUACCAAAAAGAGCAGCCGAUACCAUUAAACAGGAGGUUAAGGACAUUAAACAAGUCAGUACGUCUGCUACUUCAGCGGUUUUCACAAACACAGCGACGAGUCAUGUAUUUGGACAGUCAGCUAACUUUGGCCGACUGACGUUAUCAUCGUUUAAAGCUCAAGAUAGAAUUGCAUUUUCUCAGUCACAAACGAAGACAAGCCAUAAACCAUUUCAAGGAGCAGGUCAGCAGCUUUUCGCUGAACCUGCUAAGGAGGUCGAGGAACAAGAUAGCGAUAAGUUGCAUUUCGAACCAGUUAUUCCUCUGCCUGAAGAAAUCCAAGUUGUCACAGGAGAAGAAGGUCUGGAGGUGACGUUUUCUGACAGAGCAAAGCUGUAUCGGUUUGAUGGUGACUCGUCGCAGUGGAAAGAAAGGGGCAUUGGAGAAGUGAAGCUAUUACGUCAUCCAACUUCAGGGCGAGGAAGAGUUCUUAUGAGGAGAGAGCAAAUCAAGAAAUUGUGUGCUAACCAUAACAUUACUGCUGAAAUGGAGCUCAAACCCAAUGUUGGAUCAAAUCGUUCUUGGGUCUGGUAUACUUCUGCGGAUUAUUCUGAAGGUGAGGGAAAGCCGGAAAAACUAGCCAUCAAGUUUAAGACUGCGGAAACGGCUGGAAAGUUUAAACAGGUGUUUGAUGAACUGAAGGAACCACUUUCGUCAGGUCAUUCCCCGGAAAAGGCGCCUGCUGAACAUCAAAAGGCGACGGGUUGCGAACUUUAUAAACAGUUUCUUUCAAAUUUUACUCCUGCACCUGGCACAUGGGCUUGUGAGGUGUGCUAUGUUGAAAAUAAGGCUGGGGGUUCGGCAUGCGUGGCAUGUAACUCCCUAAAACCAAACAACGGAGAGACUGAACCACCAUCCAAACAUGGAGAAGAAGCAGCUGCAACGAAUGUGUCUGUUGUUGAUUCGGUGGAACCAAACACAUUCCAAAACGUGAAUAAAGACGCUCCGACUUCCUUCUUCUUGCAGUCUCUGGGAGGGAAGGGCCUGAAUACUUCAAAGCUUUUCACCAUUGGGCGAGGAGAAUCAAGUGUAGAUAAAGAUACUAGAGACGAUGAGAUUGACCUGUCUCCAAGUAAGACGUCUUCUCCUAGCAAGAAGGGGAUAAUAACACCACAACCCUCAACUCGAGACUCCCAAGGUAACCUGUUGACAGGUCUUCCGUUUGGGUCAGGUGCUCCAUUCGAUUUCACAUUUAGGAUGACAAUUUGGCCUGGAUCUGCGCCACAAAAGCCAAGAUCUCCACUGUCACACACGUUUCCAACGAGUCUUGUUCAAGGGGACGAUGAUGGUAAAUCUAAUUUUGAGCCAGUCAUUCCUCUCCCUGAAGAAAUCCAAGUUCGCACAGGAGAAGAAGGUCUGGAGAUGAUGUUUUCCGAGAGGGCAAAGCUGUAUCGGUUUGAUGGUGACUCGUCGCAGUGGAAAGAAAGGGGCAUUGGAGAAGUGAAGCUAUUACGUCAUCCAACUUCAGGGCGAGGAAGAGUUCUCAUGAGGAGAGAGCAAAUCAAGAAAUUGUGUGCUAACCAUAACAUUACUGCUGAAAUGGAGCUCAAACCCAAUGUUGGAUCAAAUCGUUCUUGGGUCUGGUAUACUUCUGCGGAUUAUUCUGAAGGUGAGGGAAAGCCGGAAAAACUAGCCAUCAAGUUUAAGACUGCGGAAACGGCUGGAAAGUUUAAACAGGUGUUUGAUGAACUGAAGGAACCACUUUCGUCAGAUCAUUCCCCGGAAAAGGCGCCUGCUGAACAUCAAAAGGCGACGGGUUGCGAACUUUAUAAACAGUUUCUUUCAAAUUUUGCUCAUGCACCUGGCACAUGGUCUUGUGAGGUGUGCUAUGUUGAAAAUAAGGCUGGGGAUUCGGUAUGCGUGGCAUGUAACUCCCUAAAACCAAACGACGGAGAAACUGAACCACCAUCCAAACAUGGAGAAGAAACAGCUACAGCAAAUGUGUCUGCUGUUGAUUCGGUGAAACCUAAAACAUUCCAAAACUUGAAUAAAGAAGCUUCAAUUUCUUUCUUCUUCCACCCUCCAGGAGAGAAGGGCCUACAUACUUCAAAGCUUUUCACCAUUGGGCGAGGAGAAUCAAGUGUAGAUAAAGAUACUAGUGACGAUGAAAUUGACCUGUCUCCAAGCAAGACGUUUUCUCCGAGCAAGAAGAGGAUAAUAACACCACAACCCUCAACCCAAGACUCCCAAGGUACUCUGUUGACAGGUCUUCCGUUUGGUACAGGUGCUCCAUGCAAUUUCACAUUUAGGAUGACAGUUUCGCCUGGAUCUCCGCCACAAAAGCCAAGAUCUCCAUUGUCACAAAGUACUCCAACGAGUCCUGUUCCAUAUUUCGAGCCUCUCAUACCACUCCCUGACAAAGCUGAAUGUCGCACGGGGGAGGAGGGGCAGGAGGUUCUGUUUUGUGAACGUUGUAAACUGUUUCGAUACGACAGUGACACGUCUCAGUGGAAAGAACGAGGAGUUGGUGACAUCAAAAUUCUUCUUAACCCAAGUUCUAAGAGGCAUCGAAUCCUAAUGAGACGUGAUCAUGUGUUCAAAAUUUGUGCAAAUCAUGUGAUAACCUCAGAAAUGCAACUUAAACCGUUUCCAAAAUCUGAGAGAGCCUGGUUGUGGACAACACUUGGGGAUUUCUCAGAAGAAACAACUACAGCGGAAACUUUGGCCGUAAGGUUUAAAUGCAACGAAGUUGCCAAUAUUUUUAAGGAAGUUUUUGACAAGGCUCUACAGACUCUUUCACGUAAAAGUGACCAUUUGGUAUCUUCAUCAAAUGCAAAGGACAAUCAUCUUGACAAAGCAAUAGUUGAAAAAGAUCAAAAGGAGAGAGACGUCUUUGGGUAUGAGGAGGAGGCAUUUGCUCAAGCAGGGAUAUCAGCAAGGUGGGUAGUGACGAGGCAGUUUUUAAUAAUAAUAAUAAUAAUAAUUAUAAUUAUAACAAUAAUAAUAAUAUAAUAAUAUCUAUAAUAAAAAAUACUCAUAGUAGGCAUUCGUCUAUCUCCUGAGGUAAUGGUAGCGUUUACAUUAGUUAAAGUCAGUCUUGUUGCGAGGAGCGUCCAUUAUCGCUCGACAGGCCGAUCUUUGAAUGACAGUCUCUUCGGUACGUGUUACAAGCGAAAAAACGUUGGAGUUACUUAGGCAGGGGGUCAAUGGUUUGUCUUAGUAACCUGUAACGUGAUAUCACCUUCGUUGUUAUUGUUACUUUGAAAUGAUGUUUAAAAUCAUUGAUCAGUCCAGUCAGCUAUUGACCAUGAUUCUCGCUUCUAUCCCUAUGUAAGGCAACUGUAACUCGCACAAUGUGCCUUAAACCGCGUUCAACUUGUUUCUAUAGAAUUUGACCCACCAUAUAAAAUAUAUUGAGCGUGUUAUAAUGUAACAAAGGAUGGAAUGCUGUUUGAAGGGUUGAGCUGAAAAUGGCUUCCAAGCUGAUAUAGUGCUCCUCAACGGCACGCCCACCUCAACAUGAUUAAUUUCAUCUUAAUGUUUGUUCUCAGUGAGCAAGAACAGUCGAUGCAUAAGCAGGUCACAGAAGUGGCAACAUCGGUACGGAACAAACUAAGCCAAUCAGGUUUUCUGUUUGGCUCUGCCAGCGUAGGUUCGUUGUCCUUUCAGUCUGUAGCCGCUUCCUCUUUGACUGACAGCCUGACGACGCCUGACAAGUCUCCAGGGUUAAAAGGUGCUGGGGCUCAAUUAUUUGCCGCCUCUACAACGAAGGAUGAUAGUGAUGGAGAUGCAGCAGACGGUGAUCACCCUGAUGAACCAUAUUUCGAGCCCUUUAUAUCUCUUCCGGUAAAGAUUGACCUAAAAACUGGGGAAGAAGACGAACAGGUCAUGUUUUCACAUCGAGCUAAGUUGUAUCGCUUUGUCGCAGAGGAGAAGCAGUGGAAAGAGCGCGCGAUUGGAGAUAUCAAGUUGCUGAGAAAUGUAACAUCGGGAAAAAUGCGAGUGCUGAUGCGGCGGGAUCAGGUGUUGAAACUUUGUGCGAAUCAUCAGAUAACCACUGACAUGAGUUUACAGCCAAAUGCAGGCUCAGAUAGAUCGUGGGUUUGGAGUACACAUGCAGACUUCUCUGAGGGGGAAUGCAAAGCAGAGCGACUAGCUGUUAGGUUUAAGAACGAAGACAUUGCCAGGAAAUUCAAAGAAAAGUUUGAAGAAUGCCAGGAAAUGCUGAAGAACCAGAUAUCAUUGAAACCGCCACUCCAAAAGGAGACUGUCAAUACAGAGGACGUGAAAGAAGACCUUCUUGCGAAGUUUAAAGCUGAAGAAGGAUCAUGGGAGUGUGAUACCUGUAUGGUGAGAAACGACAGUGAUAAGUUAGUAUGUGCAGCGUGUACAAGCCCGAAACCAGGGAUAAAGGAUAGUCAGGAUAAAAAGUCAGAAGGAAAGCCAAUUUUUGGAUCUGGAUCCACGUCGUCUGGGACAAGUUUUACAUUUGGAUCAGGUGCAUCAUCUUCUGGUACAGGGUUUUCAUUUCGAUCAGGUGCAACUCGCUAUGGAAAAGGAUUUGUAUUUGGUUCCACUGAAACAAAUAAAGGAAGUGCAAAACCGUUUUUCUNUGAGAAAUGUAACAUCGGGAAAAAUGCGAGUGCUGAUGCGGCGGGAUCAGGUGUUGAAACUUUGUGCGAAUCAUCAGAUAACCACUGACAUGAGUUUACAGCCAAAUGCAGGCUCAGAUAGAUCGUGGGUUUGGAGUACACAUGCAGACUUCUCUGAGGGGGAAUGCAAAGCAGAGCGACUAGCUGUUAGGUUUAAGAACGAAGACAUUGCCAGGAAAUUCAAAGAAAAGUUUGAAGAAUGCCAGGAAAUGCUGAAGAACCAGAUAUCAUUGAAACCGCCACUCCAAAAGGAGACUGUCAAUACAGAGGACGUGAAAGAAGACCUUCUUGCGAAGUUUAAAGCUGAAGAAGGAUCAUGGGAGUGUGAUACCUGUAUGGUGAGAAACGACAGUGAUAAGUUAGUAUGUGCAGCGUGUACAAGCCCGAAACCAGGGAUAAAGGAUAGUCAGGAUAAAAAGUCAGAAGGAAAGCCAAUUUUUGGAUCUGGAUCCACGUCGUCUGGGACAAGUUUUACAUUUGGAUCAGGUGCAUCAUCUUCUGGUACAGGGUUUUCAUUUCGAUCAGGUGCAACUCGCUAUGGAAAAGGAUUUGUAUUUGGUUCCACUGAAACAAAUAAAGGAAGUGCAAAACCGUUUUUCUCCUUUGGAUCAUCGAACCUGACUCCAAGUUCAAGCUCAGAAACUGCAACUACAUUUGGUUCAAUGACGCAUCUAGAAACGGCUAUUCAAGAGCAAGCUUCUGGAGACUACAUCGAUGAUGAUGAUGAUGAUCAGACGGAUCAGCAAACACCUGAUGUAGACAAUAAGCAGCCGGGAAAUGAAGAGAAGAAGAAUGUGCUUACUGAGGACACGGAUGCUGUAGCGGGCGAAAAGGUUGAGAUGACAUCAUGUGGAGAAAGGUAAUGCGUUAUGUGCUCAAACGACAAGUAAAUGAAUGUAGAGAUUUUCAUUUGAUUUGUCAGACUAACAAGUCAGUGAGAUGGGACGCACAAGCCGAAAAAGCGCUCCCAAGGCCGAGAAACGCAGUGCAACGAUGCUUACUAAUUAACUCAGUGCACAACCUUCCAGUAUGGUAUACUCAGUAUCUAGUGUGUAGAAUUUUCAAAAUCUUUCACUGUCCUUCCAGUUAAAAAGUGACUGCUUGUUUCCAUGUUAUAUCGUAGAUAGAAGCAUUUCAAGAAGAAAAGUUGUACACCUGUUAGUUUACGAACAAAUUAGUAGUUCAAAGUGUAGGCCAAUAUUUUUAGUGGGUCUAUUAUCAUCCAGCAACUAUUUAACUGAAUCGCUUGGUCCCUUUGAAUAAAUGAGGUGAUCGUUGUUCUCGUUAAUAAUACUCUUCGUGGGAGGGCACUAUUAAUGUUUGUUUGUUUUAAUUAUUCUACACACUAACUUUUGCAGUGAGGCUGCCCAAAAAAACAAAAAUGACAAGUCGAGUGAGGAAAAAGCAUUUCUCUUUGGUUCUCCAAGCAUCUCUGCAAUGUCGUUUCAGUCGGUAGCUGCUUCUUCGAUCGAAAACAGCCCAUUUGGGCAGAACGCAAAAACAAAAUCCAAGGGGUUUGCUGGAGCUGGAUCGACACUUUUUGCUUCUCAGUCUCUGGGAGGGGAGACACACGAAGAGGAAGAACAAGAGGGUGAUCAUGAUGGACCACACUUCGAAGCAAUCAUUUCUCUACCAGAGAAAAUUGACGUAAAAACAGGGGAAGAAGACGAACAGGUCAUGUUUUCACAUCGAGCUAAGUUGUAUCGCUUUGUCGCAGAGGAGAAGCAGUGGAAAGAGCGCGGGAUUGGAGAUAUCAAGUUGCUGAGAAAUGUAACAUCGGGAAAAAUGCGAGUGCUGAUGCGGCGGGAUCAGGUGUUGAAACUUUGUGCGAAUCAUCAGAUAACCACUGACAUGAGUUUACAGCCAAAUGCAGGCUCAGAUAGAUCGUGGGUUUGGAGUACACAUGCAGACUUCUCCGAGGGAGAAUGCAAAGCAGAACGACUAGCUGUCAGGUUUAAGAACGAAGACAUUGCCAGGAAAUUCAAAGAAAAGUUUGAAGAAUGCCAGGAAAUGCUGAAGAACCAGGCAUCAUUGAAACCGCCACUCCAAAAGGAGAAUGUCAAUGCCGAGGGCGUGAAAGAUGAUCUUUUUCCGAAGUUUAAAGCUGAAGAAGGAUCAUGGGAGUGUGAUACCUGUGUGAUGAGAAACGGCAGUGACAAGUUAGUGUGUGUAGCGUGCACAACCCCAAAACCUGGAGCUCAGACAUCACAAAUGCCAGCCAAUGGAGGGACACCAUCUUUUUCGUUUGGUACAGCUGGUGCUCCAUCGAAUUCAGGAUUUUCUUUUGGAUCUCCUGCAUCUAGUGUUGAUGCUGGAAGAGGAUUUGCUUCAGCUUCUAGUCAAGGAUUUUCAUUUGGCUCAGAUUCUUCACCUUCUCGAACUGGUUUCGUAUUUAGUCGGCAAAAGGCAAGCCUCGGUGCGGAUCUUCUGGGAGGAUGGAAACCCGAAGAGGGAUCCUGGGAGUGUAAUACCUGUUUAGUGAGAAACAAAAGUGAGAAGUUGGAAUGUGUAGCGUGUGCAAGUCCAAAGCCAGGAGUUGACGUAAACCGCGAGAAAACGACAGAAGGAAGGCCAUCGUUUGGAUUUUGUUCUGGUUCAUCGUUUUCCAGUGCGGGGUUUUCGCUAGGAACAAGUGCCUCCUCUUCUGGCGCUGGAUUUUCUUUUGGAUCUGGCCCGACAUCGAGUGGGGCAGGGUUCUCAUUUGGAUUUAAUGGACAAAGUGAUGGGGGGAAAGGUGUCAGUGAUGGUUUUGAGGAAAGAUGGAAACCUGAAAAGGAUUCCUGGGAGUGUACUAUCUGUUUGGUGACGAACAAAAGUGAGAAGUUGGAAUGUGUAGCGUGUGCAAGCCCAAAGCCAGGAGUUGACGUAAACCGCGAGAAAACGACAGAAGGAAAGCCAUUGUUUGGAUUUAGUCCUGGUUCAUCGUUUUCCAGUACGGGGUUUUCGUUUGGAACAAGUGCCUCCUCCUCUGGUGCUGGGUUUUCUUUUGGAUCUUGCCCGACAUCGAGUGGGGCAGGGUUCUCAUUUGGAUUUAAUGGACAAAGUGAUGGUGAUGGGGGAGAAGGAGACGAAGGGAAGAAAGGCGUCGGCAAGGGUCUUCUGAAAGGAUGGAAACCUGAAACGGAUUGCUGGGAUUGUACUACCUGUUUGGUGAGGAACCAAAUUGACAAGUUGGAAUGUGUAGCGUGUGCAAGCACAAAGCCAGGAGUUGACGUAAACCGCAAGAAAACGACAGAAGGAAAGCCAUUAUUUGGAUUUGGUUCUGGUUCAUCGUUUUCCAGUGCAGGGUUUUCGUUUGGAACAAGUGCCUCCUCUUCUGGUGCUGGAUUUUCUUUUGGAUCUGGCCCGACAUCGACUGGGGCAGCGUUUUCAUUUGGAUUCAAUGGACAGAGUGGUGAUGGAGAAGAAAGAGAAGGGUAG